GAGCAGGUAAAGGCACCGCGGGGUUCUUGGUUACUCUCUGUUCUUAUUUUGCUUGAUUUUUGGUCCGAAUUUUCAUUAAUCUCAGCUUUGCUUUGAAGUCUGUGCAGGUUAAACUUGGUUUUCAUCCUGUGGAUCUCCAUGACGUUGGUGUGCUCGGGUUUCCCAGCUGGCCCUUCCAUGAGCACCAACCCUUUCUAUUUGACCUGCCAGCUGUUGGGGAAAUGGGAUUCGUGCCUGGUGCUGCUGAGCAGCUGCCUCUCCCAGGUGGGCAGGGAUGAGGAGCUGCCUCUUGGGAAGCUUCUCCACAAAAGGUCCUUCCGCAACGGCGUCGGAGCGGGAAUUAAAAAAACUUCCACACGAAGGGCAAAGUCCUGA